UUCAAGAAAUAUCCAAGAACCCCCACAGCACCAGCGCCUGCAGAGACAGCGGAAGCGGGGAACGCGAGACACCGGGUCUGAAACGGACCAUCUAUGGGACGAGAAACAUCUCUCGGUAGUCAAGGACAACGAUGGGUUAGGCGGGAUUCAUCAUGAUUGCGAAAUAAAAGCAAAUCUGUCUGAAGAUGUCAGCACCGCUCGGGCCACCGGGCGGGCCUGCAGCUCCGGUAACCGGUCCAGGCGAGCCGGACCUACCGGACCUAAGCCAUCUAACGGAGGAGGAACGGAAAAUCAUCCUCUCUGUCAUGGAUAGACAGAAGAAAGAGGAGGAGAAGGAACAGACCAUGCUAAAGAAGUUACAUCAGCAGUUUGAGAUGUACAAGGACCAGGUGAAGAAGAUCGGGGAUGAGGCCCCGCCCACCCCGGGGCCGAAGGGGGACUCUCCUAUCUGUGGAAUCUGCCACAAGACCAAGUUUGCCAACGGAUGCGGUCAAGUCUGUUCUUAUUGCCAAACCAAGUUCUGCGCGCGGUGCGGGGGGCGGGUGUCCCUGCGGUCCAAUAAGGUCAUGUGGGUGUGCAACGUCUGUCGGAAGAAGCAGGAGAUCCUGACCAAGUCGGGGGCGUGGUUCUACGGCUCAGCCCCGCGACUGGGCGGUGCUGAGGGCCCACCGGGGGUCUCCCCAGCCAGGCUGCAGGGGCCGGGGGGGGGCACAGACUUCCCACUCAGGAACGGAGCCGCCCUGAGGAACUCUGGGACACCGGACGGCACCGCCGACAGGAGGAGGAGCCCAUUAGGUUCCAGGGAUCCCAGCCACGCCUACAACCAGCGGGACUAUGCCCCAGACGACUCUGGGAUGCCUGUCUCCCCCGACUAUCAACGCGACCCCCGCCACUCCCCCAGGGUUUCCCACGGUUACCGGGAGGCCGGCGGAGGCGGCGGCGGGGGGCGGGCGAGGGCGGGCUACCGGGACGGGCGCGGCCGCUGGCGUUCCCAGGAGCCCCUGGAGCAGGAAGUGGAUGAGGCGGAGGCGCAGCGUCGGCGCCAGGAGGCGUACCAGAGCCGCUAUCGCUCCGACCCCAACCUGGCGCGCUGCCCUGUGAAGCCCCAGCCCUACGAGGAGCAGAUGCGCAUGCACGCACAGGUGGGCCGGGCGCGCCACGAGCGUCGCCAUAGCGACGUGUCACUGGCUUACACCGAGCUGGAUCACCUCCAAGGCCACGGCCCCUCCGGGCGCCAGCCCCAGCCGCUGCUGGCCGGUCAGCGGUCGUACUCGGUGGACCGGACCAAUCACAGCCCUCCGUCGCCUCGCCGGAGCCCUGUGUUGGGGGAGGGGCGUUCUACCCAGAAUCCUCAGGGGCAGCAGCAUCUGGACCCUAGCUCUGCCCUCCACAGGACUACAGAUGGAAUGGGGAGGAAUGAUUCGCUCAGCACCGACCAAUCGGGGUUGAGGCCCCACCCCCAGAGGGGGAAGCGCAUGGGGAGGCUGCAUGUGAUUGGCAGCUUCAGCAGCUCGGAGGAGGAGCUCGCCACCACACCAGAGUACACCAGCUGUGAGGACGCCGAGAUGGAGAGAGACAUGGAUGGCCAGUGGUGGGACCAUGCAACGUGGCAUAGCGAGGCCGCACACAUGUCUAUGCACCCGGUGUCAUGGCAACCGUCUAAAGAUGGCGAGCGUCUGAUUGGACGGAUCCUGCUGAACAAGCGGAUGAAAGACGGCACCAUUCCCCAGGAUACCGGAGCACUGCUGGGUCUCAAGGUGGUGGGGGGGAAGAUGACUGAGUCCGGCCGCCUCUGUGCCUUCAUCACCAAGGUGAAGAGAGGAAGUCUGGCGGACACUGUAGGACACCUGCGGCCAGGGGACCAGGUCCUGGAGUGGAACGGCCGUGUUCUCCAGGGCGCCACGUUUAAGGAGGUCUACAACAUCAUCCUGGACUCCAAACCCGAGCCCCAGGUGGAGCUGGUGGUGUCUCGGCCUAUAGGAGACGUCUCCCGAAUCCCAGAUAGCAGUCACGGACAGCUUGAAUCAAGCUCCAGCUCCUUCGAGUCUCAGAAGAUGGGGCCCUCCAUAUCGGUCACGUCCCCCAUGAGCCCUGGGAUGCUGCGCGAGGCCCCUCAGUUCCUGUCUGGACAGGUCUCGAGUCCAUGCCUUAAUAGAAGAGCCACGCCCCUUGUACCUAGGGUCCAGGUCAAGCUGUGGUACGACAAGGUGGGUCACCAGCUGAUCGUCACCAUCCUGGGAGCCAAGGACCUGCUUGCCCGGGAGGACGGACGCCCCCUCAACCCAUACGUCAAGAUCUACUUCCUCCCAGACAGAAGUGACAAGAGCAAGCGGAGGACCAAGACGGUGAAGAAGUCAGUGGAGCCCAAGUGGAACCAGACGUUCAUGUACACGCCGGUCCACCGCAGGGAGUUCAGGGAGCGCAUGCUGGAGAUCACCCUCUGGGACCAGGCCAGGGUCCGCGAGGAGGAGAGCGACUUCCUGGGGGAGAUCCUGAUCGAGCUGGAGACAGCCCUGCUGGAUGACCAGGCCCACUGGUACAAGCUGCUGACCCACGACGUGUCGUCCCUCCCCCUGCCCUCCUCCUCCCCCUACCUGCAGAGACGCCUGCUGCCUGGAGAGAGCCCCACGCGCAGGCUGCAGAACAAGGGUCCAUUCUAUAACUCAGGAUCUCAGAGGAUCAGUGACAUAGAGUUCUCUGAUUUUGACUGUGAAGAUGGCAUUGGAGUCAUAUCAGACUACCGACACAAUGGGCGGGACUUCCAAAGCUCCACCCUAUCGGUUCCAGAACAGGUGAUGGCAUCCAAUCACAUGGCCCGCACGCGCUCUCGCUCGCCCAGUGUGCCUCCGCCUCAGAGUCGGAGUUUGGACCACGGUGUACGAGGGGGACCGUCGCUAUACGGUUCUGGUCGUAUGGACCGCCAGCGGUUAUCCGAGGACCGCUACUCACCUGACAGCCGCUCUCUCACCCUCCCUCCUCGCUCCCGACCCAGGGAGACAAUCUCAGUGCCUCAUUUCCAGGACCCCAGUGGCUCUCUGUAUCCUAUGUUCCGUGAGGAUGCUGUCAGGUUGCUACGCAACACCAAGCUGUCCAGAGCGUCAUCAGAGGGGGGCUACGGUAGUCUGGACAGGAGCAUGGUGAGAGGCAGGAGGAUGUCUGUUGCCGUCGGUAACUCCCUGGACUCAGAGAGAUAUUACAACGGCCCUAACCACAGCUCCUGGCCCAGUCCCAUGAUGAAUGGUAGCUUUGAUGACUACAGAGAGGAUCACAUCCCAGACUUCCCUGCUGAGUGUGAGGCCUACGAUGAGGAGCUGAUGAGGUACAGCCGCGGCAUGGACAGGCGUGGCUUCUACCACAGGUCGCGGUCAGCUGACCAGCGGGCCAUGGUGGAUCACCCCGUCUACACACGCUCGCGCUCCACAGAACGAGCCGACUCCGCCUACAUGAGGUCAAUGCCGUCCCUCCCCUCCGGAAGAUCCGCCCCUCCCUCACCCGCCUUAACGAGGUCCAACCCCCGAAGUGGGUCAGUCCAAACCAGCCCCUGCAGCACUCCGGUAUGCGGGCGCAGAGGACGGCAGCUACCAAUCGUCCCUCCAAAGGGGACGCUGGACAGAAAAGAUGGUGAAGAGAUGAUUGAGCCUUACCAAGCAACGAUGACGUAUCAACACCAAGCCCCUCCCUCCGUCAAUCACCAAGCCCCUCCCCAAUUCCAUCCGCAAGCCCCAACCCCAGUCCAGUAUCAAGCUCCACCCCCAGUCCAACAAACCUUUCCCCCUGUGCAGUAUCAAGCUCCACCCCAAAUCCAAAAUGCCCCAUCCCCAGUCCAGUAUCAAGCCCCUCCCUCUAUCCAACAGCAAGCCCCUCCCCCAGUACAACAAGCCCCACCCCCUGUCCAAUAUCAAACCCCUCACCCAGUCCAACAAGCUCCACCCCCUGCCCAGCAGCAAGCCCCUCCCCCAGUACAACAAGCCCCACCCCCUGUCCAAUAUCAAGCCCCUCCCCCGGUGCAACAGGCUCCACCCCCUGUCCAGCAGCAAGCUCCUCCCCCAGUACAACAAGCCCCACCCCCUGUCCAGCAGCAAGCCCUUGCCCCCACCCCUGCCCCCAGCCCUGCUCCUACACCUGCCCUUGCUCCUACACCUGCCCCCACCCCUGCUCCUACACCUGCCCUUGCUCCUACACCUGCCCCCACCCCUGCUCCUACACCUGCCCCUGCUCCUACACCUGCCCCCACCCCUGCUCCUACACCUGCCCUUGCUCCUACACCUGCCCCCACCCCUGCUCCUACACCUGCCCCUGCUCCUACACCUGCCCCCACCCCUGCUCCUACACCUGCCCCUGCUCCUACACCUGCCCCCACCCCUGCUCCGUCCCCCAGCCCCUGCCCAUCUCCGGCAGCGCACCUUUCCACUCCAGUGCCAGAGCCUGAGAAGCGACAAGCCACACCAGUGAAUGGAAGAAAAGAGGUGACGUGGGAGGACCAACAGAAGAAGGCCAAUGGUAUGCUGCCAUCUAGCCCCGCCCCCCCAGAGCCAGCAGAGGAGACAUCGCCCCAGAACGGAGAAGAAGGUGCCAUGAAGGAUCCUUCCAAGGUGAAAGCCCCGGACAACCUGUCCUUCAAGUCGUCAGACAGUGAUGUCAGCGACGUGUCAGCCAUGUCGAGCGCGUCUCGUCUCAGCAGCACCAGCCACAUGUCCGUCCAAUCAGAGAGGACCAAGGGCACACGCAAGAUCAGUCAUGAAGAGGUCCAGGAGGGAUGUGAGGCCGGGGAGGGCGGGACCAGCUUCGACCUGGCCGACGCUUUAGCCGCUGGGGCGGAGGGGGGAGGAGGGGCGGAGGGCGCAGGAGGCGCUGAGGGAGGCGGGGGAGUCCUUAUCUCCUGA